ACCCCUAAGGUGGACAAGAACAAGAAGAGGAUGAAGAAGGAGAGCUACGCGAUCUACAUCUACAAGGUGUUACGUCAAGUUCAUCCUGACACCGGUAUCUCCUCGAAGGCGAUCUGGAUCAUGAGCUCAUUUGUGAACGAUAUUUUCGAGCGGACUGCCGCUGAUUCGAGCAGUUUUGGCACGGAGGGGGUGACCAAGCACACUAGCACCAAGUAA